GCUUUAUACAAGAGGCACCAUGGCGGCCGAAGGGUGGUCUGAACGAGUGCGGAAGCUGCUGAAAACGAUGAAUUCCUUUCAUGGAGCAGGUUCUUCCAAGGCACUGUGUUUCCCAUUUAUGGUUGCUGGACAACAAGCAGGGUAUGUCUCACCGGCUGUAGCCAAAUGUCUACAUCAGUACCCAACUGUUUUCUCAGUGUCUCAGAGAGAUGAAGCCCUUCCAUGUGUGGAACUUAACAAACAACUGACUUCUUGUGACCAGAGGACAGCUGCUGUACAAAGGGUGUUCAAGGAGCUGAAAGCACAGCAAGCUUUUCCUUGUUUGAAAGGGUGGAGGAAUGAGAUGUACAAUGUAAUGCCUUAUUUUUGUGACACACCUUUCUUCAGGAUGGAACGUGCUGCAGCACCACUAUUGGGAGUUAAGUGCUAUGGUGCCCAUCUGAAUGGCUAUACUUGGCGAAAUGAUGAAAUGCACAUGUGGCUGGCCCGUAGGGCCUUGAACAAACCCACAUAUCCUGGCUUAUUGGAUAAUCUGGCUGCAGGUGGCAUUUCAUCAGAGCUGGGUGUCAGAGAGACACUAAUAAAAGAGUGCCAAGAAGAGGCUUGCAUUCCUGCUUCCCUUGCUACAUUAUCUAAAUCUGUUGGAACUAUCAGCUACACGUAUGAAGGGUCAGAUGGAGGCAUCUAUCCUGAAUGUCAGUUUGUAUAUGACCUGGAGCUGCCUGAAGAAUUUGUGCCCCGAGUAGGAGAUGGAGAAGUGCAAGAAUUCUAUCUUUGGUCACUUGAUAAGGUGAGAGAGGCCAUUGGAUCUUCUGAUUUUAAGCCCAACUGCGCAAUGGUAGCGCUGGAUUUUCUAAUCAGACAUAGUUACAUUCAACCUGAUCAAGAAUCCCAUUAUGUAGAGUUGGUGGAGGGGCUACACCAGAGCCUUUGAAAAGCCAAGGACUGCCUGUUGAGAUGAUAAGAGAGUUUUCUGUAUGUUUUCUUUUUGCUAAGACAAGACUGGUAUCUCAGAUGGCAGCACCGAGGAUUGAGACUACAAGAUCCUGGUCAGGGCUACAAUUACUGCCUCUUUGUACCUAUAUGUGGAAAGCUUGUAAACUCAAAAUAGUUUACUGUACCCACAUACUUACCCAUAAUGAACAUUGGAAAUGCUUAAUGGUCACAAGAGCACCAAGUGUAUUGUUCAUUUUCCACAUGCUUCAGCCAUGUAAAAUCCUCUUUUGUCCAUUUGAACAUUUAAUUAAAAA